CUUAAAGCAGUAGAUCUCGAUGCGGGAGAAAAUGGCCGUGUAAGCUACCGUAUUGUUUCGGGAAACGACUACAAUAUUUUUACGGUUGAAUCCGAAGGUGGAGCGUUGAUUUUCAAUCAGUUGGACGAUGAACAACUUCUCAAACACACGGACGGCAAAUGGAUUCUCUAUGUGGAGGCGCGCGAUCACGGUAGAAUUCCAAGGGCAUCUAUUCUCGCACUGCUCAUUGUUGUCGAGCUGAAAAGCUGGUCGGGCAUGGCGCCAUUUUUCGUCAUUCCGUCUUAUCAAGUAGUGGUCUCGGAGAAUGCGCCCAUUGACAGACCAGCAAGAUCUGCUGUUGUUUCACUUAAAUUCAUUGUUUUGCCAGUGGAUGAGUUUUCGCCGGUGUUCACCCAGUCCAGUUAUACCUUCCAGAUACCUCUUGAGGCCGCGUCCGGAACUAUAGUCGGUGAGGUGCAUGCUGUAGAUGCCGACGGCGGUGUGCACGGUAUCCCUGAAUACCGAAUCGAACCACUUAGUGAUUUGGUUACGGUGGAGAAGAGUUCAGGAGUGGUAUUGCUUAAAGCGAAACCCGAUGGGAGAAGAAAUAAUACAGUACAACAAAUUACGGUGAUCGCAGCGAGUAGUCAUAUCCAACAGACCAGAGCUGUCAUCAAUCUUGAGAUAGGCGAUUUUUUGCUGAGCACGGCUAACUCGUCAUUAUCGUCGAACAUCUUCAAAAUCGGCGCCGCAGCCAUCGCUGUUUUAGCAGUAUUACUGGCUUGCUUGCUUGGUUGCUGUUUGUUUGGUUAUCAAUCAUCGAAGCUUGAAGAGGUCAAUAGUCCUCAUAAACAGACGUACUCUGUGAGUCGGGGUCGAAAUGUGGAGAUUAGCAGAGAAGGUGUUUGUCGUCUCGCGUGUUCGUCAAAGCAGGACCUACCAAGUAACAUCGUUCAGAAGUCCACCUCCAGUUCCUCGUCAGCGUUGUCGAAUUCGGCACUUCGUAACUCACUGAUCUCUCAUCGCGAAGGUACAUCUACACGUUCUCAACCGGACUCCGGUAUUGACCAAGACUCAGCGUCGGUGAACAGCUCGAUCACCGAAUAUCUGAUCUCAAUUGGUGUAAACCCCAAUCUGAAUCUCUCGCGUCCACGACUCCAUAGACCAGAUACUAUCGAUUCGGCUAUAAAUGAAUACACGUAUGCACGAUUAGACGACGUACUACCUUCAGCACAAAUAUCAGAGAGCGCAGAUAAGCUCGAAGGGUUCUAUCAGGUAUGCUACUGCAUAGUUUCCACAUUUCUUGAUGCGCAACUCAUCUAG